AGGUGCGGACGCGCGCUUUAACGCCCAGCGAUGUCGGAACUGGAGCUGGAACAGCGGAGCGCGGACAAGGCGCGCAGGAAGCGCUGCCUCAUUCUGGCCGCGGUGUUUCUGGCGCUUGUCGUCGUUGUGAUCGUGGCUGUGGCACUGGCCCUGCGCCCCAAAACACACACGUUCAAGUCCCUUUUUAUCGACCGCUGUAACAAGCACACAAAGAAAAGAAAUGACUGUCAAAAAGUGUAUAGUGCUUUUGCGCAAGCCUACAUCGAGCAGGAUCCUUGUCGUGUUUCAAUGGACGCCUACGACCCUCUGGUUGCCUCUGCCCCCUUUGAACCUGCUUGCAACAGAAUGAUGUUCUGGAGCAGAACUAAAGAUGUGGUCCACGACUUCACUGAGAAGAAAGAUUGUUUUGUCACACUGGAGGACACUUUGCUGGGAUCUGUCCUGGAUGGACUGACCUGGUGUGGAAAGGAGGGCAGUCGUGAAACUUUCACGACUGGCUGCCCCGGUUGGGACGAGUGUGUGAACAACCCCGUCCGCUCCUUCUGGACCAGAGUCUCUGCUGCAUUUGCAGAUGUUGCCUGUGGUGAUGUCACAGCGAUGCUAAAUGGAUCCAUAAGGACACCGUUCAGUCCCUCAAGUAUUUUCGGGAGCAUCGAGGUGGUAAGAUUUAACGCCACCAGAGUGAAGAGCCUGGAGGUUGUUCUGGUCUCAGACAGGACAGAAGUAGCAAACUGCACCAGUUCAUCUUUUGAAGACUUACAGAAAGUGCUGGAUAAAGAAAUAAAAUAUAACUGCAAUGAAGUGACUCACGUUGAACUUGAGGAGUGCAGCGCUGAUGUAGAAAAACCCUGUGGCGCCUGCUGGUGAAAGUGUCGCGAUACGCUCUCCGAACUUAUCAGAAAAGUUCCUGUGAAAUAAUCUGGGACUUCUUCAGUCUUUUUGUAAAGUACAUUUUUAAAAUCCAGAUUGAAUUGUAAUCAAAUUGACAUUUUUAACAGCUUUUGGAUUAUUCUUAAAAUCAAUGGUGCCUUAAAAUGGGAAUGUUUUUCUUAAUAUUGAAUGUCUGUGAUUAAUAUGUGCACUGCACGGUAAACUAUCUGCCUUGCAACCAUGAAAGAAUUAUAAAUGUAAUUUUUAAUGAAAAAAUGUAACAACAUUAUGAACUGUGAUUUUGGAAUAGUGUCUCGAUGUUCCAUAAUUGAUGAAGCUGGUCAUGUUAAACCUAUAGCUUGCACAGCUAUUGUGGAUUAUUAUUAUGACGGAGCAAAACAUGUGGCCUCAUACUGUAUGAUUUUCUUACAAGGCUGGUGAACAUCUGACAGGAUUUUAGCAGCUGAUCAUCCAGUCCAUUGUUGGCAAAAGUGAGGGCGAGUAAUUCCACAGCAAUCUGAUAUCAGGGCUGAACUCCUACAGACUGAUAGAAGUUAUGUUGUCUUGACAUUGCAAGUAAUCUUGGCUUCCAUUUUUUUUACAAACUGUUAUUGGACUGGAAGUAAGGACUUGUCAUCUAUUUGUAGCAAAGUUCCUUGGUGUUAGUGACCAGUGUGGUUUCAAGCUGAAGACCUCAGCCAGGUUUGUGGCAUUUCCCACAUGUAGAUGGGAUCAUGCGUGACUGCUUCAGUGACCUUUGAGCAGCUCUGCAGUUAUCACCAACAACUGAUAUGAAAUGAACUUCCACCAGUGACUUUAAGAUUGUUGACUGAAAUGGAGACGGUAAACACUGAUCCUGAUAAAAUACAUUUUACCAUUGUCAUCAUGUCAACAAGGAAAUAAAGAGGAAAAAAAAAACUAUUGAGAUCCAGACACGAAAUUUAAACACAUCUCCUCUGCCUGAAUUAUGCAACACCGAUUUAAAAAAGUCAUUAAAAAAAAAAAAUCUCUGCAGACGACGUUUUGAGAACCAGCA